GACCAAUGGCUCUAAGCAUCUUCUGAAGCCACCUCAAAUCAGAAAAGAUUAUAUUUAUUUUUGAAAUAUAACAUUGCUGGCCUGUUACCAGUCUAAUGAAGAGAAAGGGAAUGGUUUUAAAAGCUAGAUAGCUAAUGCAACCCCAAGCACUUGUAUAGCCGAGUAGCAUUCUCUGCACAUCAGCCCCAUGUUGACACCAGCACUGAGCUUUAGCACCACCAGGGCUGCAUCGCUGGGAUAACUGUUUCGUGAACAGGGGUGUCAAUUAACCGGAGCACCAUAAAACUUGCACAGAGGAGGGCAAAACAUGCGCGUUAAACGUGUUUGUUGACUGGGAAAAGCAUCGCCGUCUCUCAGAUUUUUUUUCUUUUUACGUGGUUAAGCAGAUAAGCACCUCCCAGUGCCUCGAAAACUCAAUGCAGGCUACAGUAGGCUAUGCAUUUUCUUUCUGUGGGAGUGUGUGCGUGAGCGAGCGAGCGCGUGCGCUGGUGUGUGUGUGUUUAUAGAGUGUAGCUGAGGAGGGUCCUUGGGCUCGUCCAUAGGGGACCCCCCCUCCAUCCUACACCUCCACCUGCAUCCUGGUUUCCGUCUUUCGUCCAGAGCUGUGCGGAGGCUGGACCGCGGACAUGCCGAGAGCGUCGGGGACGAGCUGGUCUCAGUCACUGCUCUCUGCGGCUGGACUCUGACGGGACUUUUCUUUGGAAGAACACAGGAACAGUGCAAGAGUGCAAGACGAAGUCCAAAUAAUUUAAGUAGUUCCACGCUAAGGAAACAGAGAGCGGAACCAACGCCGCCAGAAGCAGCAGCAGCUCCGGGUUGUUACAUGUUUGACCAAGCGACGAGUAUGGGCGAUGGUGUCGCCGAAGAGCGAAACCACUGCGCACCCAGUUCAGUGUGCCGAGACCGGGCCAGGGAGUGUAAAAGCCGGCCCGAGCUUGGCAGCCGGUCCCCGGCCCAGAGCUCAGCUGACACCCCAGGCACCUCAGCCUCCACGCCGACCUCGUCUAGCGAGGACGGACACGAGAAAGUUUUAGGAGUGGACCCGGAUUACUGCAGGAGAAUUUUAGUCCGAGAUGCUAAAGGCACUAUCCGAGAAAUCGUGCUGCCCAAAGGGCUGGACCUGGACCGGCCCAAGCGCACGCGCACGUCUUUCACUGCGGAGCAGCUGUACCGGCUCGAGCUGGAGUUCCAGCGAUGCCAGUAUGUGGUGGGUCGCGAGAGAACCGAACUGGCCAGACAGCUGAACCUGUCUGAGACGCAGGUAAAGGUGUGGUUCCAGAAUCGGCGCACCAAGCAGAAAAAGGACCAGACGAAGGAUUCGGACAAGCGCUCGUCCUCCGCCUCUGAGUCUUUGGCCACUUGUAACAUUCUGCGGUUGUUGGAACAGGGUCGCCUGCUGUCCGUUCCUGCCCCUCCGCCCAACCCUCUGCUCGCUCCUCCCCACCCGGGUAACGGCUCUCUGCUGGGCAGCCCGUCCGUGGCCUCCUCGUCGCCCGGCCUCAGCAGCACCAGCAGCCCUCCGGGGGCGGUGACCGGCGGGGGCGGAGGUGGGGCUUUCGGCCUGUCUCUCUCUUCUCUCGGGGGCACGCCUCCCUCGCCUCGCCUGGGGGUUCCGCCGCCCUCACUGUUCUCCGUGCCCCUUCUGAGCGGAGCGCAUCACGAACUGAGCGCCGGCUACGGCUGCGGCUCCUCCGCUUUCGAACCCUACAUGCGGAUAGAGAGAAAAGAGGGGGACCUGGGGGGCAAGAAAACGGUUUCCUAAAGCAGGAGUUCUCAACUCCAAACCUGGGGACGCACUGCACCUGCACUGUUUAAAAUUUCCCCCAAAUCAUCUCACCUGCACUCCCAAACAUAAAUUAGGUGCCAAAAAAGGGGGUUCUUGGAAUGACGCCUUGGAAGAGCCAGCUUGGUUCUUUAACAAAUUUAAAUUUAACGAAGGAACCACGAACCAGCAGGAACCUUUUAUUAUAUUAAGGAGUAGAUGUAUUGGAAAACGUCUCUAAUGUUUUAUAUGAUCACCUCUACACUGAGGCCUAUUUUCAUCACCUGAAAAUCCCAGAUUUUUCUAUUGGAAUGUCCUGCUCUUCAUAUUUUUUCAUAUAAAACGUCUCUAAUGUUUUAUAUGAUCACCUCUACACUGAGGCCUAUUUUCAUCACCUGAAAAUCCCAGAUUUUUCUAUUGGAAUGUCCUGCUCUUUAUAUUUUUGAUAUAUAGACAAAAAUACACCAGUAUAAUAGGCAGAUUCUAAACAUGGUUACCCAAAUACUCUCCCAAACUUAGUACAGUCAUUUUUACUCAAAAAGUUAUGCUAAUACUAUUAUAUCUCUUUACACAGGACUAACUACACUGUUUGUAAUAAAAUAUGCAGGUGGCCAGUAUUCUAUAAACACUGAUGAUAUAUAAUAUAUGCUCAUAAAAUCAUAUUGUGUCUCAUGAUGAAAACAAUACAAUAUUAAUAAAUAAAUCCAUAUUCAGCACUGUUUCUCUGUAAAUAUGAAAAUUUAAGCCUUAAGGUACUUUUAUCUCUUAUAUCUUUAUUUUGAAGCUUGUGUUAAGAUGAUUCUCAGGUGAAUCUGAUCUACUCAUUAUGUACAAAAUUGUUAUCUUAAGUGCAUGUUGUCAUUAAAGCAAACAUGGGACACACCACACCAACUUCUGAACUUCUGAAAUGAAUGUUAAAAUAUUACGUCUAGUUUAAUGUCCAAUUUUAUGCAAUUUACAAAAUGGAAAAUAGUCCAAAAUAAUAGCAUUUUCACCGGUUCUAUUUAAUAAUAACUAAUAGCUUUAGAUUUCACUUCUGACUCCCACUAUACAUGCUUAUAAAAUAAAUGUGCCUAAAAAAGCUUAGUGAUGCCAUUACAGACCCAUUUUGUUCCUAUACUUAACAAUGGAUGCUUCUUGAAAAAACAUUAUUUAUACACAUGAAAAACCUUUCAGAACUUCACAACAAAGGUUAUAUACUAAUUAAUUAACCCAGCCAAGAACUGCAUAUGAUACCCUUUUGAGAUGAUAUUUUUGGUAUUAUUGAUAAUGGCCACAACUAGACCAGCAGCUCACAAAGAGUUUGAACGCUUAUCAACCUGUUGAGAAAUAAUUGAAACUGUGCAGGGCAGUGAGUUUCCAAGACUGGGGUUGAGAACCGUUAUCCUAAAGAGUUGCUCAGCUUAUGGAUCGGACCCCUCACUGGAACAUGUCCUCCUUUACUCAUCCUGGUGAGAGCGACCUGCUCUCCAGCUCAGCUCAGGAGGUGUUACGGAGCGAAGAGGGGCUCUCAGACUUAUAAUGAACAGAAACAGAAUGAGAGAGUGCAUCCACCUCUGAUUUGGGAUCCCUCGUCUGUGUCUUCAGACUGUGCUGGUGCUUUCCACCAUGUUAUGAUGACAGGAAAAGAGCCUCUGCCUCUGCUUUGCAGGGUGAGGGUGCACUAAAGAGGUGCGUAUGUCUGUGAAAACACAGGAGGACACCCUGUAAUUAACCGCAACUGCAUCCAGUACUUAUAAGCGUUUUUGAAUCUCUUCCAUUUUUGAAUUUCUUGUGUGUGUGUGGGUGUGUGUGUGUGUCGCAAAACAGCCUCAGGCUUAGUCUAUGUGAUUAAAGUAAAAAAAAAUAAAGUUCAACAUUGUUACUGUAAUUGUGAAAGGCCAAAACUGCUUUACGGCAGAUGUUGUAUCCAAAUGGGUGUUAAAAAAAAAGAAAAAGAAAAAAAGAUGAUCGAAUGAUUCAUGUCAAUAUGUUUGAUGAACUUUGUGGUAUAUGUUUUAUGCUGCUCUUAACUAGAAUUGUCAUAAUGGGGGAGUUUUUUGUCAAUGUAUAUUUUGUGCAUGUGAGAGUGUAAAAGACAGAGAUAGAGAGUCACAUUUUUACGAGUGCUUCUCUAAAAAUAUUAUCCAACCAGCGCUAUACUGUAGAAUUAUUGGUCCAUAUUUUCCUUCCCUUAUAAGUACAUUCCUCUAAUUUAUAUACAAUGCCAACUUACCUCCCGCACACUCUUAAAAAUAAAUGUGCUUUAACUCCUUCUUUAAACGAUGCUGUAGAAGACCCACUUUGAUUUUUAUAAAGAACCUAACGUGAAAUAAUCUUUCACUUAAUGUAAAAGAUUUUUUAUACCUAAACAUAUAUAUUUUAUAAUUUUUUUUCCAUUAGUACAGAUAUGGAAUCAAAAUAGUUUUUUUACUGCAUUACUCAAAGAACCAUCUAAAGCACCUUUCUUUGUACGAGUGCUGUCUCGUUUCCACAGGACUUUUAAAACAAAAAUCAAGAAACUCGGUUUGGUUAAAAAUAAAAUUUACACUCUGUCUAAUCUGGAACUAAAUACUAGAUACUCUCUUUUUGAAUGUUGUGGGUAGUGAUUUGUUUCGAUACAACAUUACUGCCCACUUUCAGACACUGGCAAGGAUACAAAACUACCUUUGAAGCUCAAAAAUUACAUUGGUGAAUGUGAAAUUUCACACAAAUAAUAUAUAUAAAAAUAUAUAAUUUUUUUAAACAAAGUUGUUCCUAUAAACCAGAAACUGAUGGCAGGGAAAAGCUCUUUUUGAAUAUUCUUGCUUUAUUCUCCAGUAUUAUCUAUUUUAACAGUAGUGACUUUCUCAAGUGUAAGCUGCAGAAUGCUUACCUUGAGGCUCAUUAUUAGCUAAACCUAUUAGGAAAAGUAGAAAAUGUUUUUGGAAGUAGUCCUGUAUUGCUUUUGUAGGUUUUCAGAAAAGCAGUUUGACCCUUCGCCCACUUUGUCUUUAAAAGAUUGUUUUUCCAGUUUUAAAAGUAAAAUCUUCCUGCCCUUAAUACAACCAGUGCAACUGGCUCAGCAAUUCAGCUCUGUUGGCCCUGCUUUUAGGCUAAUGCUUCUAGCUUAAAGAACUAGCUGGCUAACUGUUCCCAAAUGUAGGCUUGAGGGGCUAAUUAAGACACUUCUGAAUGGCUAGCGGUCAGGCUACACUUUGUACUUUGUACACAUAAUGCAAUGCAUUAUUUGACAGUUUUUUUUUUCAUUUUGUGGUCUUAUGCAGUGUUAACCUGCUUAAUGAAGGUAAUGAACAAAGCGGAUGGAGGACAUGGCAGCGCUUUUGUUUAAUUAACAAUCAGGCUCGUGUAUCGAGAUGCAGCGAUUAGGUUUGUGGCCGUUCUGUUUCUGUUUGAUGGUGUCUUUGCUUUCCCAUGAUUCAGUGCGGCUAAAGGCUCAAUGAUUAGCCUCAUUAGCCUUUGGUGUGUUUGCUGCCCUGGCUACCCAUCCUGUGCCGCUAUGUUCUUUUGCAUUUUCUCUCGUACUGACUGUGGAGCUGCUUCCUUCAUUAAGAGUUUCUAAAGACAUCAUCUUCAGAUGGUCUGAAAAUAUCUGGUUGCAAAAAAGAUAAAUACAUUGAAUAGUUUCAGUCAAAAUCAAAUUCUAACCUGCCUGUUACAGUUUUUAGAACAGAUGAAAAACACCCUCUGUGCUUUGCAGUGUGUGAACAUUACUUAAUGAAUGGACCUGCGGAAAUGGUAAAAUUAACAUUUUUUUAUAUUCUGUUUAGUGACUAUAGUUCCAAAGUGUUGCAUAUUGGCUAAAUAUUCACAAUUGCUGGUAGAGUGAAUUAACUUCAGGAUGAGUCAACAAGAGGACCACUUGGUAUUUGUUUGAAGCGUGGGCUACACACAGCCCUCUGUUCUUAUUCAUCAAGCACUUUAUUUGCGUAUAGGAACUUCCUGAAGUCUCUCCUUUCCUAUCUGUGAAGAUAGCCGUUUACACUGUGCAGUCGGAAAAAGUUGAUGUUGCUCCAUUUGUAGCUCCAUUCAAAGGUGCCAUAGAAAAAUGCAUGGUUGCAGUAUUUAUCAUUGUUGCUGUUAAAUGCUGCUUUGAGAUCAGUGUAGUUUGUGGAGCUUAUUAGGUUUCUUAGUAAACAUAAUUAGGAAGGCAAAGCAAAUCAAAUCAAAGCAAAGGUGAAGGUCUGACCCUGACCUGUGUGUAUCUGUACUGGACUCACACCUUUAAAUGGUGUAAACCCUUCAGGCCACAAGUUGUGUGUUGAGGUCUUUGAGAGAAAAACCUCUGACCCUGAAAAAUGAGGUAAACCUAUGGAGAAUUCCAUCCCAUUGGCUUAUUUGAGCUUUUGCACUCUUGUCACGGUUAUUCAGAGUGAACGAUAUUGCAUGUUCAGUUCUCAAGAGAAGCUCUGUUGAGUCCUUUUGUUGCUGUGCUGUUGUCAUACACUGUGUUGCUUUCAAUAAGCUGCAUUUAUAAUUUACAGUCUUUUCUGUUAAAUAUUUACUAUGGUGUUAAACAGGACAGGCAUUACCUUUUCCCCUGAUCUCUAUUUUCCACAUUUUCUUCACGAUUUGGCUAAAAGAGGUUCUUAUCGAAUCUCCUGCUUUCAACAUCAUUUCGGGGCUGUUUUUUUCUGGUGUUUUUUUGCUUACCCCCCUGACAAAACUGCUUAGAGUGGAUUAGAAUGAAUGUUUACUAAAAACAACUGUAAAUCGCUUGACACAAAACGUUAAUUCCCCCAAUCAAUUGUAAUUAAAGCAGCAAAUUAAUUGUAUUGUAACUGGUUUCCUGCAGUUGUGUAACCAUGUGUUGCUUGUGUGUGUUAGAGAGAGAGAGAGAGAGAGAGAGAGAGAGAGAACAUUAUGCUCGAUCACAAUGUAUCCAGAAAAUCUGAGAAAGCAGCACAAAAGCUAGCAAAGUGUCUGAAUUCCUGUGAGGUGGGGGGUCAGUGACACAAUCAGAGAAGCAGAAUGUGCUGAUUGCGAAUCCCCCCUCCUCAAAACAAACUCCCUCAACAACCCAUUCUCAUACAAAAUUGAAACACCUAAGCAUCCACUUACUCUUUCUUAAAUCGUAAACAUAUUUCUACAAUAUGAGAGAGAACACACUGUGAAACAUUACACUUUAACUGUCAGACACACUCUUAAAAAUAAAGGUGAUAAAUGGAGGGUUUUUGGUUUCAUAAAGAAUCCGUCUGUAAAGCAGCACAGGGCUGGAAGAACCUUUAUAUCAGUAAAGGACCUUUUUUAAUCCUCUAAAAUACAGUAUAUCUCUUUUACAAUAAUGAUUCUGUAUCAAACCAAAAUAAUUUAAAACCCCUCUGUAGCACCAUUACUUUAGGAGUGCAGAGUAAAAGGUAAAGGACAGGUUUAUAUAUACAGUUCCACACUGGUGCGAUUGUAACGUGAGCUUUUCUUUUUUUUUUUUUGUUCAAUGAGAUUGUGUAACCUUUUUUUUUGUUCUUGUUUUUACACACAGACAGAAUUUGCGUGUAAUUAAGCCAUAAAGUUUUUUGGCAGUAAAUCUCGUGUAACCAUGUCAAGACAUAACUGGCACCAGCUUCUCACAAAUGAAGAAAAAAGUUAACAUGAACUGUAUGUAAAUAUACUGUAUGAGUCUUUGCACAGUACUUUCAUGUUGGUAUCAUGUGAUCUUACAGUUGAUGAAGGACGAAGGAAAGAAUGAAAAAAAAAAAAACAGAAAAAAACUUUAUAAAUGCUUUACAAUUCUUUGUCUUAUUAACAAUUUGCACUUAUUUAAAAGAAAAACGUUUCUUUGUGUUUUCUGGUGAAAGAGCUGUUUUGAUGCUCAGGCUAUGAAAGCCAAGAUAUUGUAAAAUAUGUAUAUGUAUUUUUAUUCAUAUGCAUAUAAAUAUAUGUCUAUGUAAUUAGCCCUUUUGUCUGUCUCCUUUUUUGACAAUGGUGUGAUUUGAUUUUUGUUUUACUAAAAAAAGGCCACAAUAAUGAACUUGAUUUGACAGCAAAUUAUAUUGGCAGUAUAAAUACUAAAAUUGAUUUGACUGUAAUUUAUCAUUAAAAAACAAUAUGAGAACAA